AUGUUAUUAGGACUUACAGAAGAGAAGCUUAAGAAGCAGCAGAAUUUAUUUACCUCUAUUGCAGCAAUCACAGCACGCACCCAAGUUAACGCUCAACGCAGGUUAGCUGCUGCGCAGCUCACCUGGGGGCUGGGGCUCAGAGCCUGGGACUGGGGCUCGGAGCCUGGGACUGGGGGCUUAGAGCCUGGGACGCAGCUCGGGAUUAGGAGAUAUUAUGUUCCAAAGCUUGGUGUAUAUAAGGAGAGCCUUUGGCUCUCUUAG